AUGAAGGCGGCCACGGACAAGCAAACCAGUCGUCGCCUGGUCGGCCUCCCCAACAACGCACUCGUCCAGAUCCUCACGGCGACUGUGGCGCGGCUGCACAACCUCGAGAUGGAGAUCAAUGAGCUGGAGCUGGCAAUCGACGACGACCAAAAGGAGGUCGAGUCGUUCACGCACGAGAUCGACGAGCGCUACGACCGGUUGAGAGACAUCGACGAGUUCGUGGUCGCGCUCGAGGCUGGUGCGGUUUCUUCUGUGCCGGACGUGCCCUCGGUUCUGGCGGAAAUGGCGGAGGAGCGUGAAGAAGAGCGGAUUGCAAUCACGCGAUACAAAGAGGCUCGCGGCUGGCAGGAGCAGCAGUUCCAGAAGCUCCAGCAACAGUGCAGAUGGCUCAGGAAAGAGCGCGUCGCGCUUCACAAGACUUGCAUUGAAAUAUGCUCCAUCUUCCGACGCAAUGGCGUCUUCGCGCUGAUGACGCGGAAGUUGGCUAAUCUCCAGCGUCGUGGGGCCUGA